GCUCACAUCGCCCCUUGUUCUUUUUUCCUCCAAAAAGAAACGUUGUGACCGGCAGUAAUAACGCAAUAGUCGACCUCAGUAGUCUAAACAAAUUUCAGUACGUUUCUUAUUUGAGGAUAGCACUGUUCAUUGAUCAAACUAUCGGCGUCUUGGUUGGGAAACGAAAUGGAAGACAAAGGAUUAUCUUCGCUGUUGGUGAUCUAUGGCCUUGUUCUCUUUAUUCAUUCGGAUAUCGUUCAUGGCGACCUAAGCUAUUCAAUUCCAGAGGAACUUAAACGUGGGUCUGUUAUUGGAAACAUAGCCAAGGAUCUCGGCCUCGGGGCGGGCAGACUUUCGUCUCGAAAGGCCCGUGUUGAUGCUGAAGGUAAUCGGAAAAUGUACUGUGAUAUAAAUCUAGCGACCGGGGAUUUGAUUGCGGCGGAGAGAAUCGACAGAGAUAGCCUUUGUGGGAAGAAAGCGUCUUGCGUCAUAAAGGUGGAUCUGGUGUUGGAAAAUCCCUUGGAGCUUCAACGUGUCACUUUGCACCUUCAAGAUGUCAACGACAAUUCACCACAAUUUAAAGCUGAUUCGAUUGAGAUGGAAAUAAAUGAGUUAGCAGAAAAAGGCACCCGUUUCUCAAUAGAGGAAGCCCAUGAUUCAGAUACAGGCCAAAAUUCGGUUCAAAAGUACGAUCUCCAAAAGAACGACAAUUUUGUUUUAGUGGUCGAUAACAACAAGGUGGAGCUCGUGUUAGAGAACAAACUAGACCGAGAAAAACAACAAGACAUAAAUUUGCUUCUCACGGCAUUUGAUGGGGGUUCUCCUCAGAGAUCAGGUACUGUAGUAAUACAUGUCACUGUGCUAGAUUCUAACGAUAACGACCCAGUGUUUAGCCAGGCCUUGUAUCAAACGAAUUUGCCUGAGAACUCCCCCCUGGAUACAGUAGUAGUUACAGUGAGUGCUACUGAUGCCGAUGAGGGUAUACAUGGAGAAGUCAGCUAUGACUUUGGUCAUGUUUCAAAUUACGACGAGCAAAUAUUUUCAAUUGACCACAAAAGUGGGGAAAUAAGGCUUGUUGGUGCAAUUGAUUAUGAAGAAACAAGUAAUUAUGAACUACGGGUUAAAGCAAAAGACGGUUUAGGCCUCACUUCCUAUUGCAAAGUCACCAUCGAUAUCAGUGAUGUUAAUGACAACAGUCCAAGAAUAUUCCUGAAAUCUCUCAACAGUCCGCUUCCAGAAGACGUGUCACCGGGCACAGAGAUAGGGAUUCUAAAUGUCCAGGAUAGAGACUCGGAAAACAACGGUCAGGUCCGAUGCUCCAUUCAACAAAAUGUUCCUUUUAAGCUUGUUCCCUCCAUCAAAAACUACUAUUCCCUGGUAACAACGAACCAACUGGACCGUGAAACCACGUCUGACUACAAUAUCACCAUCACUGCUACGGAUGAAGGCUUCCCUCCUCUGACCGCCUCCAAGGUCGUCCAGUUGUCCAUUGCAGACGUGAAUGACAAUGCGCCUGUGUUUGAGGAGGAUGACUACAACGCCUAUGUUACUGAAAACAACAAGCAAGGUUCCACACUCUGUUCUGUAGCUGCUCGUGACCCCGACUGGAGGCAAAACGGCACUGUAGUGUACUCUCUUCUGACGGGCCAAGUCCACGGCAGCCCGGCGUCGUCCUAUCUGUCCGUUAACGGAGACACGGGGGUCAUCCACGCUGUGAGAUCGUUUGAUUAUGAACAGUUUAGGAGCUUUAAGGUCCAGGUGAUGGCUAGAGACAAUGGUUCUCCUCCGCUCAGCAGCAACGUGACGGUCAGUGUCUUCAUAACGGAUGUAAAUGACAACACUCCUCAGAUACUUUACCCCGCCAUCGAUAGUAACACCUUAAUGACUGAGCUGGUUCCCAGAUCAGCUCAGGGAGAUUCGCUGAUGUCUAAAGUGAUAGCUGUGGAUGCAGACUCAGGUCAGAACGCAUGGCUGUCCUAUCACAUCAUUAAACCCAGUGACCCAGGACUCUUUACCAUCGGCCUCCACAGCGGGGAGAUCCGGACCCAGCGAGACAUUUCUGAAUUGGACAGUAUGAAACAGAACCUUGUGGUGGUGGUUAAGGAUAAUGGACAGCCAGCUCUAUCAGCCACGUGCACAAUUCACUUGCUUAUUUUUGAUACCCUGGCUGAAGUUCCAGAACUGAAGGACAUGGCUUAUGAAGACAGCAGUUCUAAAUUGACAUCUUAUCUGAUCAUCGCGCUGGUAUCCGUCUCCACCUUUUUCCUGACUUUCAUUAUUAUCAUUCUGGGAUUGAGGUUUUGUCGGAGGAGAAAGCCAAGACUGUUAUUUGAUGGAGCGGUUGCUAUUCCCAGCUCUUAUCUCCCUCCAAACUACACAGAUGUGGACGGCACUGGGACUUUACGCAGCGCAUAUAAUUAUGAUGCGUAUUUAACCACUGGAUCUCGAACAAGUGACUUUAAAUUUGUCACGUCUUACAAUGACAACACACUGCCUGCAGACCAGACCCUGAGAAAAAAUCCUACUGACUUUGAAGAAGUGUUUGGAGACCUUGAUGUUUCCCCUGAGGUAGGCACUCCCAUUUUAAACACAUUCAUGUCUAACUGA